AUGCCUCGUGGUCAAAAGAGUAAGCUCCGUGCUCGUGAGAAACGCCGCCAAAACAGAGCUGAGACCCAAAGUCUUACUAGUGCCCAGGCCACUGCAGGAGAAGAAGUAGAGGGCGCUUGUUCCUCCUCUUCUGUUCUGGGUGACCCUUCAUUGGGUGCCACUGGUGAUGGUCCUCUCCAGGCACCUUCGAGUGCUCCAGCCACCACCAGUACCACAGCAAGUGUUUCAUGCGAAAGAUCUACUGGAAAAGCCAAAAGCCAUGGUCCUAAAAGUAAAAGUUCCUCCCAGGCCUCAACUUCCACUGGGUGCUCUGGUCAAGAUCUUCUAAUUCAGAAAGCGAGUAUGUUGGUAGAGUACCUGCUAUAUCAGUAUAUAAUGAAGGAGCCAGUUAAAAAGGCAGAUAUGCUGAAGUUAGUCCAAAAAUCAUGCAGGAAAAACUUCCCUGAGAUCCUCAGGAGAACCUCUGAACACAUGGCUCUGCUCUAUGGCCUACACUUAAAAGAAGUUGAGUCCAACGGAAACUACUACACCCUUGUUGACAAUCAAGAUGACGCCAGUGAUGGGAGUCUGAGCAGAGGCUGGAGAUUUCCUGUAAGAGGGAUUCUGAUGCCUCUCCUGGGUGUCAUCUUCUUGAAUGGCAACCGUGCCUCUGAGAAUUUGAUCUGGGAAUCCCUGAAAAUUAUGGGUGUUUAUGAUGGAAAGAGUCACUUCGUUUUUGGGGAGCCAAGGAAGCUUAUCACCCAAGAUUUGGUGCAGGAAAAAUACCUCGUGUACCAGCAGGUGCCCAACAGUGAUCCUCCACGCUUCGAGUUCCUGUGGGGCCCAAAAUCCCUAGCCGAGACCAGCAAGAUGAAAAUCCUGGAAUUUUUGGCCAAGCUCAAUGAUAAUGACCCCACUGUCUUCCGCACCCAUUAUGAAGAGGCUUUGAAAGAUGAGGAAGAGAGAGCUCAAGCCAGAGCCCAAGCUGAAUCCAGUGCUGGAUGUCCUUCCAAGGCCAGCGGUCACCCCACAGCCACAUCCAGCCACUACUCUCACCCUGAGUGA